CAGGCAGUGAAUUCUUGGUUUUUAAUGUAUAUAAGCAGGUUCAUAGCAAGCCUAUUAUUUAGUAUAGUUCGGCCUGUAGAUCCAAGCAUAGUGGUUGACAGGUAUGAAGAUAUCCGGAUUUCUCGUUGUGACCCUGCUCUGUCUGUUUGUGGCGGUCAACUCCAGUACGAGGGACUCCUCUCCUCUCCUCUUCAGAGUUCAAAGGUCACCUCAGGGAAAUGGCAACAAUUCUAACACACGAUUCUUCACAAACAACCCCGCCUUGAACAGUGCUGGGGCUGGUGCUCUGGUCGGCGGGCUAGCAUCCUUCUUCCAGAACCAAAUCUUUAAUCCCUGCAGGAACAGAAACCAAAACAGAAUCGUGGACGGAAACUUUAUAGCUGGAGCUGCAGCAGGAUACGGAGUCUCACAGUUGGCCUCAACAUUCCUCGGGGGCUGCGGGAAAUAACCCCUCAUUUGUCGGAAACAAAAAUUUAAAUAAAAAUUAAAAAGAAUAUUUACAAUCUUUUAAUCUAAUAAACUUUGAUUGCUCUGUC